AUGGUCUGUUCUCCUGCUCGGUUUAUAUUUGCAUGUUGUAUAUGCAUCGGUCUUAUAGCAGCUGUCAUUGCAGUGGCUCUUCUUCUUACUUUACGUUCGACGAGGACAACAACAAUAACAACAACAACCUCGACAACAACAACUUCAACAACCUCGACAACAACAACUUCAACAACCUCAACAACAACAACUACAACAACCUCGACAACAACAACUUCAACAACCUCAACAACAACAACUACAACAACCUCGACAACAACAACUACAACAACCUCGACAACAACAACUACAACAACCUCGACAACAACAACUACAACAACCUCGACAACAACAACUACAACAACCUCGACAACAACAACUACAACGACAACUACAACAACAACCUCGACAACAACAACUACAACGACAACUACAACAUCAGCAACAACAACAACAACCACCACUACUACGACUACAACUAUGGCACCGCCAAAUUGUACUACUUGUAUGGUUAGUUAUUCUACUAAUAGUGGUAGUACUACUACUCUUUGUGAUGGUUAUUGUAAUUAUAUUAAUAAUUGUUGUGAUUAUGGUGGUGGUACUGGUGUUAAUACUGGUGGUGGUGCUGGUUCUAAUCAUGGUGGUACUUGUGCUGGUUCUUGUUAUACUGGUUAUAAUCGUGGUACUGGUUUUGGUACUGAUGCUUGUUGUACUGAUGCUACUUAUGAUACUUGUUGUCUUAAUUCUACUUAUUAUUCUGAUUGUUGUAAUGGUACUGGUUGUGCUUCUGCUGGUUGUUGUAAUAAUACUUGUUGUAAUUAUAAUGGUAGUUGUUGUAAUGAUCUUUGUUGUAGUGGUCCUUGUUGUAAUAAUGUUUGUUGUACUGGUAGUCGUACUUGUUGUAAUGGUACUUGUUGUGAUUUUAAUUGUUGUAAUGGUGUUUGUUGUGAUGGUGCUUGUUGUGGUGGUGUUUGUUGUCCUGGUGUUUUUUGUUGUAGUAGUGGUGCUUGUUGUACUACUGGUAUUUGUUGUAAUGGUCAUUGUUGUACUGCUAAUAAUGUUACUUGUGCUACUAUUAAAGGCAGUGUAAGCGGUUUAGGCUGUUUUGGUAGUCGUUCUUGUGCCAGUCCUUACAAUGGUUAUAGUUGUUGUUGCAGUUAA